AUGUCAAAACAGCCAGCAUCACAUGUCAAAGCCAUUCAGGCUAAUAUUAACAUUCCAAUGGGAGCAUUUCGACCUGGUGCAGGCCACCCUCAUAAAAGAAAAGAACUCACACCUGAAGAAGUGGAGGAGAGUGCUCCUGGUUCCACAGAGGAGGAGAAAGACAAGAAACAUCUCCCAGGAGCCAAGAAACUUCCAGGUCCUGCUGUCAACUUGUCAGAGAUUCAGAAUAUAAAAAGCGAGCUGAAGUUUGUCCCCAAAGCUGAACAGUAG